AUGGACGUAGUUGAAGUAUCAGAACACUCGCAUCCACUAAAGCUCGUUGAUUUGCAGCUACAAUAUGAAGAUGAAGAGGAUGAAGAAGAAAAAGUUGAGGGUGGUGAUCCAAUUAUGAAAGAGGGUUGUCGAGUUGCAUGUGAGAGGUGUGGUGAAGAAAUCAAUAUGUAUCAUAGGUACUACUACAAAUGUAUUAUGGCUAUGGAAGGUUCUUUAUCAUGUGAUGAUUUCUCACUUCACAAAUUCUGUGCUGAGCUCCCUGAAAGGUUAGAGCACCCAUCACACCCAAACCAUACUCUUGGCCUGAGACCUCACAAGCCUGGAGAAAGUUUUUACAAAUGUUAUAUACAUGAUUUCUCCAUUGAUGUGAAGUGUGCUGUGCAAAUAGGAAAAAAUGUCAUUCAUCAUCCUUGUCACCCUCACUUGCUGACGUGUGUAAUCCCUAAACCCAUUUUAUGCGAGUGUAGUGCCUGUGGGAGAAGACAUGAAGGGAUAUUCUAUCAAUGUACUACUUCAUGUAAUGGUUUCACCAUACACAGUGAAUGUGUUUUCCAACCAAAAAGUUUGCUAAUCCAACAAACCACAGAUGAUGAUUUUCAUCAUACUCAUCCAGUCACCAUUUCAUAUUCAUUCCCCUUGAUAGAUCAAACAUUUAAAUAUUUUCCUAAAUGUAGAGUUUGUGAUCGGCCUUUUUAUGAUACUCGCGAUAUGGAGAAUCUUUGGAUAUACAAAUGCUAUAAAUGUAUGUACUAUGUCCAUUUGGAUUGUGCAACAUCAAGAAGAGAGCCAUUCAUGUCCAUCUUCUUGUCCGCAGGCCUUGGAAGAACCAUUAAAAUUUAUGAAGAUAUUGACCAUCCUGGUCUUGUUCAUCUCCCAUUCCCUGAUGAAUCUUACAGCUUGCCAAAACACUUGUUUUUCCAACAAAUAGAUCAGCAACAUCAUAUAGUAGAUUACCUAAAACACAUGAGUCAUAAACACCCUCUGAUUUUGGUUGAUCAGACACAAAGCAACUCCUCAAAGAUUAAGGAUUCUUUGUUAUUGAUGUGUCAUAACCCAAUGAAAAAGACCCAACUGCUAUGCAAUGGAUGUUUAAAACCAAUUAUGGCAACCAUGCCAUUUUACCAGAUUGCAAGUUUGUUCUCCAUGAGUGGUGCACUCGACUACCCACAGAAAUAGAAAACCACCCAGGUCACCCACAACAUACUCUGCUUCUCAUGUACUCAAAUGCCCUUCCUUUAUUUUUCGGUGUGUUCGAUUGUGCUGUUUGUUAUCUGCC